AUGUUAUCGGGCAGCCCGAUAAGGGUUGCUCGUUCGGAUACUCGUCAGUUCGGAGGAUUCACCGGAACUGUGUCCGGAUUCGGACGCGUCACGGAUACUGGUGCAACGUCGCCUGUUGUCAGGUUCACCACCAACCCGGUCAUGACCAAUGCUGAUUGUAUUGCACGUUGGAACACUGCCCUGAUUCAGCCCCAGAAUGUGUGCCUAAGCGGUGAGGGUGGUCGCUCGUCGUGCAACGGUGACUCCGGUGGCCCGCUGGCCGUCCAGGAUGGUGGAAGCCUCCAGAUCGGUGUUGUGUCGUUCGGAUCUGCUGCUGGUUGCUCCGUUGGUAUGCCAUCAGUGUACGCUCAUGUGUCGUUCUUCCUCUCUUGGAUUGAGGCCAACUCUAACUUCGUUGCGCGUCCUUAA